CCGAGCCUCGGGCGGUGGCGGUGGCUGCGGCGGCCCGGCGCCCUUCGCUGCCCUCGCCCGCGGGCCGGCGGCGCCGCGCCAUGGGCGUGCAAGGCUUCCAGGAGUUCGUGGAGAAGCGCUGCCCGGGCGCCGUGGUGCCGGUGGACCUGCUGAAGCUGGCGCGGGCCGUGGCGGGGCGCGGGGCCUACUGCGCGGCGCCCGGCCUGGCCCCGCUGGUGGGCGCCGGCCCCUUCGCCCUGGGCCCGCCCGCCGCCUGCCCCUGCCCCUGCCCGGCGCGCCUGCUGGUGGACGCGGACUCGGCCCUGCAGCGCCUCUACGGCGGCUACCAGACGGACUGGGUGUGCGGCGGGCAGUGGAACGCCAUGGCGGGCUACCUGGCCGCGCUCUCGCAGGCCUGCCUCUACCAGGGCGGCCUGGAGCUGGCCGUCAUCUUCAACGGCGGGCUGGGCAAGGAGCGGCUGCCCGAGUGGGGCCGGCGGGCGCAGGCCGAGCGCCAGACGGCGCAGCUCAUCGCCGGCCACGUGGGCCACAAGGGCACCCCGCCGCCCCGCGCCUGGUUCCUGCCGCCCGCCUGCCUGGGCCACUGCGUCCGCCUGGCCAUGAUCCGCUUCCGCGUCAAGGUAUUCCAGAGCCUGGAGGACCAUCACCAGGAAGUGGUCACCUUCUUCCGAGAGAACGGCUUCCAUGGGCUGAUUGCCCAUGACUCAGAGUAUGCCCUGUGCAAUAUCCCCUCCUAUUACAGCUCCCACGCCCUCAAGCUGAGCUGGAAUGGCAAGAACCUCACUACGAACCAGUUCCUCAUGCAAGAGGUGGCCAAGCAGCUGGGACUGAAGCUGUGCAGCUUCCCCAUCUUUGCUGCUCUGCUAGGGAACCACAUCCUUCCCGAUGAGGAUCUGGCUGCCUUUCACUGGAGCCUGCUCGGACCAGACCACCCCUUGGCUUCACUCAAGGUGCGCGCCCACCAGCUGGUCCUGCCCCCAUGUGAUGUGGUCAUCAAGGCUGUGUCCGAGUACGUGGGCUCCAUCAAAAAUCCCUCUAACCUGGAGGUGAUUGGGAGAGAUGUCUUCAAACACUCCCAGUCUAGAACCGAAGAUAAAAUUGAACGUUUCAAGAAGGCUGUAGAAUACUAUUCAGUGGCCACGAAGGCCCCCCCUGCGCCAGUGGGCCAGUCCCCGUAUGUCCUCCCAGGCUUUGGGCCCAACCACUUCGGAGGGCCAGCACCAAUGAAUCGCAAUCCAGUGGUACCUCUUACUUCAGGGAAGGCCAUGUUUGCACCCCAGAUGGGGCCAAAGAUGCAGUACCAGCCGCCUGCCCCACACAGCGGCAUUGGCACGUCCUCGUCUUUUCUUCCUGGGCCUGGCUCCAAUUUUCUCUUCUCUGCACAUGGCCUGACAGAUGCAGCCCCCUUCCACGAGGAUCCCGCCCUGAAGGGGGGCCAUAUAAACAACUGGCCUGUGCCUUAUGACUGCUGUCCUCCCAAGUUCUCUAACCACCACCUGAGCUCCAAACCUUCUCCGUCGUCUGGGCCAGGGUCUUCGCCCUCUUCCUCCUCAGAUGGAGAAGAGCACAACGGAGCCGGCUCCAACCAUGUGUCUGAAGCAGUGCCUCGCAAGUCUGGCUGGGAGGAUCCCGGGGGUGAGAGGACCCUGAGCCAGGCGUGGGGGCAGCCCCCUGGCAGUUCUGGCAACUCAGAGAGGAACCUCAGUGGGCCCGAGGCCCACAUCCCCUCCUUGCUAUCCAUGGCGACCCGCAACCACUUGGACAUCACCACCCCGCCCCUGCCCCCUGCCGCCCCUGAGGUGCUGCGUGUGGCUGAGCACAGGCACCGCCGGGGGCUCAUGUACCCUUUCAUCUACCAUGUCCUAACUAAGGGUGAGAUCAAGAUCCCUGUCUGCAUUGAAGAUGAGUGCAACAGCGAACUACCCCCUGCGGCUGUCCUUUUCCGGGCAGCACGGCAGUAUGUCUACGGUGUCCUUUUCAGCGUGGCAGAGACACAGCGGCGGAUGGAGCGCCUCGCCAUGCGCAAGCGCAUCCCUGUAGAAACUCCUCCUGUCAUCAUCAAGGAGUGGUCGGCAUACAAGGGCAAAUCUCCCCAGACCCCGGAGCUGGUCUCGGCCCUCGCCUUUCGGGAGUGGACCUGUCCCAACCUCAAGAAGCUGUGGCUUGGCAAAGCUGUGGAGGACAAGAACCGGCGCAUGAGAGCCUUCCUGGCCUGCAUGAAAUCGGACACGCCUGGCAUGCUCAACCCGGCCCACGUCCCCACGCACCUGCUGCUGAUGUGCUGCGUCCUGCGUUACAUGAUUCAGUGGCCUGGUGGUCGGAUUCUGCACAGACAUGAGUUGGAUGCCUUCUUGGCUCAGGCUGUGUCUGCUCAACUAUAUGAGCCAGAUCAGCUUCAGGAACUGAAGAUUGAGAAAUUGGAUGUUCGGGGGGUUCAGUUGGCCGCGCUCUUUAUGAGUGGAGUGGACACAGCUCUCUUUGCCAACGAUGCUUGUGGCCAGCCCGUGCCCUGGGAACACUGCUGCCCGUGGAUCUAUUUUGAUGGGAAGCUGUUCCAGAGUAAGCUGAUCAAGGCCACGCGGGAGAAGGUGCCUCUCCUAGACCUCUGUGACGGACAGCCUGAGCAAGUAUCCAAAGUGGAGAAGAUGAGGCAGAGCAUCCUGGAAGGCAUCAACCUCAACCGCCAAGCCCCGCCCCCCCUCCUCCCACCCCCACCCUUUGCGUCCUCCAUGGCCCCUCCCUUUUACCCCAUGCCUCUCUACCCACGCACGAUUGGCUCUGUUCAGACACCGGCCCCUGGGAGGAUGAGAGGCUUCACAGGGCUCCACCCCAUCCCGCCACAAGGAGGCAAACUGGAGAUUGCGGGCAUGGUGGUGGGCCAGUGGGCUGGAAGCAAACCAUCCCGGGGCCAAGGCUCCUUUGGCAUGCAAGUGGUGUCAGUGGGAGGUCCAGGGAAAAGCCGGGGCCGUGAGAGCUCUGGGAAGAUUUCCAAAGGAAACAAGAAAGUAAGUCAACAAGGCUCUACUGACGGAGCUGCCAAGGUGCCAGAGUACAACAGCGGCGGCGGCGGCGGCACCAGCAGCAGCCAACCCCAGUCCCAGGUGAACGGGAAUGGGGGCACCACCACUGCUGUGGGCGAGGACCCAGGGGUUGGAGCAUGCCCCUCAGCCACCUCACCUUGUGCCUUAGCCGGAGACGCGGACUCGUGCAAUAACAAUAGCCCGUUCUUCGGCACGCUGAGCGGGGACCCUGAACCGUGCCCAGGAAACAAGCCCCCCUUCCCAGCUCUGCAGAAAGAGGAGUGAAUUGAAGCUGCUGUGGGUCCAGUUGGGUUGGCGGCAAGAAGGGCGGG